AUGUCUAAAAGUAAGAACCAUACCAAUCAUAACCAAAUCAAGAAGGCUCACAAGAAUGGUAUCAAGAAGCCAAGACAAUUCAAGUACCCUUCUGCCAAAGGUGUUGAUGCCAAAUUUAGAAGAAAUCACAGAUUCGCUUUGCAUGGAACCGUCAAGGUUCUUGCUUCUGCCAGAAAGGCUGCCAAGGCUGCCAAGGCUUAA